CUCCACAGGUCUCGGACGGGACCACCGACAUCGUUAUGUGAUUUAACGCACGGGCUCUACCCGAGCUAUAGCCUAGGCCGUACGUGCGUUAACAUCGGCAUCCUCAUCGGAGGAAGAUACGUGCACUAUUUACGAAUAUCGUCAACAAGCGUCUCCGUCUAGCCUUAGCCCUUGCGUAGCCUGGAAAGCAGGUCGACACGAUAACUAUGGGCUUGUUAGUCCCUAGGAAUGGGCCGGUCGAUAUGGCCGAGUAUCAUAUACCCGUCCGGAAAUACCAUUGGACCCAUCAAAACACCGUCGUCGAGUCCCCAGUCCUCUGUCUAGACCCUCCCCCAUCGGCGCUCAUCGUUCGCCCGUUAGAAGGACUCAAUGAGAAGGAACCCCGGAUACUAAGCGACGCCUCUGGCUUGAGAGACGACAUUCGCGGCGGAGAAUACGCGACGGAGGCACAUGGUGUCUUGGUCUCGACGGAUACGCAAACUAAACGCUUCCCCGUCUGGGUGCCCGUACACAGCUACAGAUGCAAAGAGGAUGAGGUCUACGUUGUGAACCUGACGACGUUCGAGGUUUCCACUACCCCAGUAGCUCAGGUAUGCUGGGUUGCUGGGUUCGAGGCCCCGGAUCGCAGCUUAUACACCGUGAUCGGUGCUCCGAGAGACACGUUGCGGGCAACGCGGGUUCUGGUGCUCGUUCAGCAGCUUGGGCUUCCGGGGAAAGCUAGGCUCGCCCUUGUGGAUCCUUCAGAGCUUGCAACGUUCGACGAAAUCGGCCCGGUUCAGAAGAAGGCCUUAUUCGAGUUGCAGCUGAGAGCCAUCCUAGCUAGAACCAAUUCACCCUUACUUAUGCUUUCGGACGUCUUGCGUGUCUUCUCGUCGCCGUACAAGUUCGAACGUGGCAGGCGUGCCUUGGAUGAAAUUCUCGACGAAGAUCUCGGGGUUUCCCGCGGUCUCCCUUCCAACUAUAGCUCCGGGGAUAGCUUUGACGGUCUGAGUGACGACGACUUAAGCGACGACGAUUCGUCGUAUGACAAGCUGACAUACGCCGGGCUGGUAGAGUCUCCGAGCAGCUCCUAUAGUUGCGACUGUAAAUACGCGCUUCUGUGCCCGACAUAUUACGACCCGCGACCGAGCCACCGCCACGGAACGGAUGACGAAUGCGCCCUUGGGCGCGCCCAUGCGAAACACUGCAUCUUUGCAGACCACUCGCCGGGGGAGUGCGUCAUUUCCGGUGAGGCGCAUGAGCACUGCGUCCACCCGUCGUCCGAGUUCGGGCUGGAGUCCGAAUUCGAGAAGCUAUUCGGCGUGUCGUGCCUCGCCGACGCCGACGCCCUCCUCGAAUGGAUGGGCAGCACGGAUAGCAGCGCGUAUGGUCAGUCGGACGCCGAACCGGCGCCCGCCGACUCGCCGCCGUCUAUAGAUUCACAUCAGGAUCCGGAUGCGGAGUCAAUGAUCGUCGGCUACCGGCCCGGGGCCAUGGGUUCGCUCGAUGCGCUCUUCCAGGGACCGGUAUGGGGCGCUCGUAUGGACUUCGGCGCGUGCUCGUCGCCAGAGCCACCAGAUCUACUAUUCUAACUUACUCGAUGGGACAACAUCGGUGGCGGGACGAGUGAUGGGACGCCUAUACUACGGAUUUAUUUACGCGAGGAGAUC